ACUGCCGUAAGGGCAGGAGACGAGGUCAAGGUCAGGGACUUCUUCGCUAGGGGAGGAGACCCCAAGGUGACCACCCCCACUAGCUUUUGUGGGUCGUGGUGCCUGGUGGCAGUGGCUGCCCGCCAUGGCCGCGACCACCUCCUGCCCUGCCUGCUGGGGGCGGGGCUCAGCGUGGAGGGCAGUGGCACUGACGACCAAACACCACUGAUGGUGGCUGCCAGGAAAAAACACAAGACGACGGUAAAGAGGCUGCUCAGCCUUGGUGCCGACCCGCUGGCUGUUGACAAAAGAGGAUGGACGGCCCUCCACUGGGCUGCAGUGUUUGGUAGAGCUGAGUGUGUGUCUACCCUCAUCCCGGUCACGCCGCCCACCCCCGAGCUGCUGCUGGCCGCCGACGGACACACCCCGGUGCACCUCGCCAGCUUUUAUGGCCACGAGACUGUGCUGAAGGCCCUGGAGGGGGCUGGUUGGCCUCUUUACGCAAUGGACGGCGAUGGCCUGACACCCCUGCACUGGGCUGUGAAGGCAGGGCGUCUGGACGUGGUCAGGUACCUGCUGGAUAAGGACGCGGCGCCCAGUACGGGGGCCGGUGAUGACCUCACGCCGCUGGACUUGGCUAAGAGGAAGGGUAAAGACUUAGCAGUGAGGUGGCUGGCGAGGAGGAGCGGCGCGGUGCACGGAGACGCCGCCGACAGCCUGAAUCCUGAGGUCACGUCCAGUGCCGGGGUGAACGCUGCAGCAGGUGACGACACUCUGCGGCCAGAGGACGUGUGGAAACUGCUUGGCUUCAGGGAAUGGCUGAUAGACUACUUCAACGAGAAGAUAAUUGAAGCUCUCAACUUCCUCCAGCAGCUCCCCAUUCAGCCUCACAUUCAUUCUGCCACCAUCAGAAUCCCUUAG